UCAUAAAUAGUUCCGAAGUUUGUUGAGGAGGAAAGCAUAUAUGGAUUGAACUCCAAUUCUCACGGCGGCAUUUUCUUCUCUCAAGACAAGGCCGCACUCUUCACCCAAAUUCCGAGUCUUACUCCAUGGACUUGCUGAACAAGUUCAGUGCCCGCAACAAGGACCCUGAGAAAUCACCUUCUCUUCCUGUUUCAUGGAUUGAAGUCUCCGACUCUGUCUCCCGCCGCUGCCAAUUUCAACCUGAUGGUCAUCUUUCUGUGAAGAUUAUUGAUGACUCAAGACCAGCUAUUCAGCGUAUCGUUGAUUCCUUCCUCAAUACAUUUUUUCCCUCAGGAUACCCAUACAGUGUCAGCGAAGGUUAUUUGAGGUAUACACAAUUUCGAGCCUUGCAACAUGUUACUAGUGCAGCUCUGUCAGUACUGUCAACUCAGUCACUGCUGUUUGCUGCAGGCUUGCGGCCAACAGCGGCACAAGCUACUGUUGUAAGUUGGGUUUUGAAGGAUGGGAUGCAACAUGUUGGAAAACUUAUAUGCAGCAAUUUAGGUGCAAGAAUGGAUUCAGAGCCCAAAAGGUGGAGAGUUAUAGCUGAUGUCCUCUAUGACUUGGGAGCUGGCUUGGAAGUUAUUUCUCCCUUAUGCCCUCAUCUUUUUCUUGAGAUGGCCGGGUUAGGAAACUUUGCAAAGGGUAUGGCAGUAGUUGCUGCAAGAGCAACAAGAUUACCGAUAUAUUCUUCAUUUGCUAAAGAAGGCAAUCUUAGUGACCUUUUUGCCAAAGGAGAGGCCAUCUCCACUCUCUUCAAUGUCGUUGGAAUUGGAGCUGGGUUACAGUUAGCGUCAACUAUUUGUUCAUCAAUACAAGGAAAGUUAGUAGCUGCACCUCUCCUUUCAAUCGUACAUGUAUACUGUGUUGUAGAGCAAAUGCGAGCAACUCCGAUAAACACGUUGAAUCCGCAGAGGACGGCAAUGAUCGUUGCUGAUUUCGUGAAGGCAGGAAGGAUACCAAGCCCUGCUGACAUAAGGUACCAAGAAGAUCUUGUUUUUCCUGGAAGACUCAUAGAGGAAGCUGGAAACGUAAAAGUAGGAAGGGCUUUACAUGAGGUUAUUAAACCAUCAAAACUUGUUGAAAUGAAACAAAUAUUUCCUGGGGAGAAGUUUGUUUUGAACCAAAGUAAAAAAUGGGUUGACAUGGUGUUGGAGCAUGAUGCCUCAGGUGAAGAUGCAUUGAGGGGGUGGCUAGUAGCUGCAUAUACUACAAACAUAAAAGAGCCUUCUCAUGAGCCAACUGCUAGUGUGUUGCUCGAGGCUUACGAAAAGAUGAAUGAUGUGUUCACUCCGUUUCUAUCUGAACUUCAGGCUAAAGGGUGGUAUACCGAUCGUUUUCUUGAUGGAGCGGGAAGUCGUUUUGCCUGGUAGUUCUUCAUUCACUUUACUUCCUUUAGCCUUUGAUUAAUUUAGGUCUGUUGAUAUUAGAACCCUUAGACUAUAUAAAGUAGAUUCAUAACGUAGUUAGAUAUUUGCAAAGUUGGCAGUGAUGGCACUAAGGAAAUAGUUGAUGUUAUCCUCGCAAGAGAACUAAAUUGUACCAUAGUUCUGUUGUAUUAUUGGUCCAUUAAAAGGUUGGGAAGAUUUUGUUUUGUUUUGUUGUGUAGGUUUUUUUUUUUGUUGGAUAAAAAGUUUUUAGGAGGUUUAGAAAUAUAAAAAUGUAUUUGUUUUGUUUGGUUUGAACAACAAUUUUGAUUUAUAGUUUUCUCCAUGGAGAUCACUACAACAGUUCAUAUGUCUACAUAAUGUCUAUUUUCCUGAGGUCAAUCGUGGAUAGACAUCGAACCAUCAA